CAGGGGACUGGGGAGCUCAUUCGCACCAUUCAGUGUCUCGCCGCCGUGGUUUAUGUUUAUACUAUCAGUGUUAGACAGUAGUGAUAAUAAAUCAUCUUGUAGUGAGCUCGGCCAUGACAUUGACCCGAGUCAUAGCCAUCACUGGAUGCGACAGCGGCCUAGGCUGGGCCAUAGCGGCACGCUCGGCCCGCGAGGGUUUGGUCACCGUUGCUGGGAUGUACCACGGCACCGAUACAAAGGCGGCGAAAGCAUUGGAGAAGCUGUGCGCUCAUCCACAUCCGUUAGAUAUCACAGACCACAACAGCGUCACAGCUUUUAAGGAAUUCGUAAUAGCUCUGUUGAAAUCAAACCCGAAUUAUACCUUAUACGCAGUUGUUAAUAAUGCAGGUGUGAUGAUGGUCGGCGACUUUGAAUGGCAAACACCAAAAAUGAUAGAACAAACUAUUCAAGUGAACCUAUUGGGAGCUAUGAGGGUCGUGUCUGCAUUCCUGCCCGAUCUCCGAAGAGAAGCGUUACAGAGUGGAAUAAAGCCUCGAGUAAUAAAUGUGGCGAGUCAUUGCGGUCUGCAGCCGUUGCCUGGUUUUGCUACUUAUAGUGCAAGCAAGGCAGGCUUACUGGGUUGGACGAAGGCGUUAAGACUGGAAACCAGACCAUAUGGCUUAGCUACUGUUGCUUUUGUACCAGGCGGCUUCGUGGGUGCCAGUAGCAUUAUGUCGAACCAAACCACCCACGGCACUACAAUGUUGGAACAUUUAGAUGAAGAACAGAAAACUUUUCAUGGCAAAAAGCUUUCGGCCUUAAACAACUAUUUGGGAGCAGCUCCACGUGACUGUAGUUUUGACUCUCUAAGAGAUGAAAGGAUUAUUGAGAAUUUUAUGAAAAUCUUGACCCACAAAAACCCUAAAGAAUUGUACAAAGUAGAAUCUUGGAGAUACAUGUUCUAUUAUAGUUUGUUAAAAUUACCUCUCCCAGAAUGUGUUCGUCAUUGGUUAUUGAAAAGAUUCUUAAGUUUUCCUGAAGCAUAAUUCAUAUAAACUCAAGUGCUUAAUUAAAGAUAUUGCCAAUUA